AGGGGAGGCAGGAGGCGGCUCCGGCGCGGCCGUGAGCUUCCCCGCCCCCCGCCGUCGUGUUAGCGCUACCGCGUUGCCCAGCUGUUGCUUAUCGCUUCUUAGUACUGUCCUUUUUGGCAGAAAAAGGCUCUGCUUCCUUCCGGAAGGAGGGAGCGCAGUGGGCUCCUUCCCCGGAGACUGGAACUGUGGCAAGGUUGAAAUUCGGCUGAACGGUCCAGUUUUUGGCAUCGCAGAAGUAGUUUGUUUUUUUCCUGCAAAACCUGCAGGGUUGGGUAGAGGGUGGGGGCAGUUUUGACAAUUGGUACUGUUAGAGUAGUGACUCAGGACCAAGUGAGAUUUUCAAGCCUUUUGCAAGCUAGCAGCAUGCCACCAUUUAAGGUCCACCAAACACAAGAAAGGUUUAACCUCAGCUGGCGCCGAGCAGCUGAAAUCAUGUCACUUCUCAGUCACGUGUGUGUGCGCCCUACAAAAACACCUUACCCAAAUGAUGUUGUUUUAGAAGAGGUGUGAGAGAAGGAGCAGGACGCAAACACCAAGAGCCGUUCUGGAGGACUGGGAAUCUAGCCUUGAAAAUGAGUACAUUGGUAACAGGAUCCUCAGUCUUACACUCUGCGCUAAAACCACUCAUAAUGCUCCCAGGUUUGACUGACCACUUGGAAACAAAAGGGAUCACAGGAAUUGUUCUGUUCUGCUUCAAAGCAAAGACUAUGCAGGGAAAGGUCUUGUAAGUCACGUGAGAAACCUUUCCAAAGCCUGGGGAUGGAGCCAUACUAUAAUAAAUGCUGUUAUUGUACCCAGGGCGCUCUCACGUGCAUAAAUGUUUACAUAAAUGUUGUGUAUAAACAUUUAACUAGGUAAUAGUUACAUUGCUUUUUACAUUUUCGUAAGUAAAACAUAACUGAGAACUAAUCCUAGAACGCCAUACUUUGUGUAAGUAGGAAGACUUAGAAAGAAAAGUUUCUCUUAACUAUCCACUCUCACUUCAUCCAUCUAUUCAGCAUUUCAUAUGUUGCAAUAAAAGGUAUCCAAUAUUUAAAACUCCAGAUUUGUACAGGACCCCCAGCAUAUAUUCUGUUGCUACCAUACUUUUAAGCAGAUAAUCUCGCAAUUCAGAGUUUGCUUUGACCUGUGUUAUUUUACUACUAAAAUGCCGAUAAAAUAAUGCUUAUCUUAAAAUCAGUGUUUAUUUUCAAGGAGUAGUAUUUCCUCAUGUCAAAAGUUAGGCUACUUUUUUGCUGUUAGUACCUGAACAUAAGGAAGGUACAGAUAAGCUUGAAAACUUUUAUUUUCUCUCUCUCUCUUUUACUUAAGGAUUUAAUAGUAAAGAUAGUAAAAACUAAUAACAAAGGCAAAAAAAGAGUAGAGUGCAAUACCGAGUAUUUGUCUGUAAGACAUUCUGUAAGCCAUUAUAAUCUGAUGGUGUUUUCAUUCAGGAUUUUUUCGGGUCCUUUUGCUAAAGUGAGAGCAGUCAAAAAGGAAAUCAUAAAAUCUGGUAAUGUUAACUUUAAAAAAGAAAAAGUCUGCUUCUAGUUGCCCCAGGUUUCGAUCUAGCAAAUUAAAUAUUCCAUAUGCAAAUUUAGGUCUGGGUCAUAUACAUCUGUCAUAUCUUGGGUUAUAAGCACACAGUAUUUUCUGUAAGAGUCUUACCCAUUCUUUGCCUAGAUAGACCAUAGCUGCACAGGGAAACAAAGCCAUUUGCCCAUUCACUGAAAUCUUGUUUACCCUAAGCUGUCUCCCAUAUUUGACCCAGGAUUGCAAAGAUACAGCCUCCAGAUAAAAAAGUGGAAUGUCAUUUGCUGACUAUAUGAGGUAUUUGAAGAUUAUCUUUACUUCUAAUACUUCAGUCUGACUUGUUCAUGGAAUUUUAGCUGAGAAAAGCAAAAGGCCAGUAACAGUCAUGCCUGAAGUGCAAUCUGACUAGGGAGAAGAAUGAAAGGUUUCUGGGCAGAGGUCAUAUGUAGACAACGCAUAAUACUGGUAAGUGUCACUGGGGAGGAAUUCCUUGUAAGCUAUUAAUUUUUUAUUAAGUUAACUGACAUGCUCUCAUCAGUGUAGUUUAUGAUGUAUCUGAGUCUGGAUGCAUUAAACUACUCCAUUUCAAUUUGGUGAAGAUUUUUCCUGUUUAAGACACUCCCAGUUCCCUCUUUUUCCAUAUCCCUUCCUUUAAUCUUCUUCCCCAACUCUCCCUUGCCAAAUGGAAGGAAUGAACUGAGCAGAAACAUGAGAGUUAAUUUGUAGGAGUUACCUGUUGUGAAACACCAAGCCUGAGGUAUGUACUUCACUGCAGCAGAUGAACUGGAUCUGAAAAUGCUUGUGAAAAGACUUCAUUUAUGUUUCUGCGACAAGAGUUGCCUGUGAGAUUGGCAAAUAUAAUGAAGGAAAUAAGCCUGCUUCCAGACAACCUCCUAAGAACACCUUCAGUUCAGCUGGUGCAGAGCUGGUAUGUCCAAAGUCUUCAGGAGAUCCUUGACUUUAAGGACAAAAGCUCAGAAGAUUCAGGGGCUAUUCAUAGUUUUACAGAUACUGUGAUAAAAAUCCGGAAUCGACACAAUGAUGUAAUUCCUACGAUGGCUCAAGGAGUAAUAGAGUACAAGGAAAGCUUUGGCAUUGAUCCAGUGACCUCACAGAAUGUGCAGUAUUUUUUAGACCGUUUCUACAUGAGUCGCAUUUCAAUUAGAAUGCUCCUUAAUCAACACUCUUUACUGUUUGGUGGGAAAAUUAAUCCAGCUCAUCCAAAACACAUUGGAAGCAUUGAUCCUAGCUGCAAUGUUGUUGAAGUUAUUAGAGAUGGCUAUGAAAGUGCCAAGAGACUUUGUGAUUUAUAUUACAUGAGCUCUCCAGAACUCAUCCUUGAAGAGCUGAAUGCUAAAUCACCAGGACAGCCCAUGCAAGUGGUGUAUGUGCCAUCACAUCUCUAUCACAUGGUUUUUGAACUUUUCAAGAAUGCAAUGAGAGCCACCAUGGAACAUAAUGCUGAUCGAUGCAUUUAUCCUCCAAUUCAUGUACACAUCACGCUGGGAAAUGAGGAUUUAACUGUGAAGAUGAGUGAUCGUGGUGGAGGUGUUCCUAUGAGGAAAAUUGACAGACUAUUCAACUACAUGUAUUCAACAGCACCACGUCCACGUGUUGAGACAUCACAAGCUACACCUUUGGCUGGAUUUGGUUAUGGCUUACCCAUAUCACGUCUGUAUGCACAGUACUUCCAAGGAGACCUGAAACUGUAUUCCUUAGAAGGCUAUGGUACAGAUGCAGUUAUUUACAUAAAGGCCUUAUCAACAGAUUCAAUUGAAAGACUCCCUGUAUAUAACAAAGCAGCCUGGAAACAUUAUAAAGCAAACCAUGAAGCAGAUGAUUGGUGCGUGCCAAGCAGUGAGCCAAAGGACAUGACCACUUUUCGCAGUAUAUAGCUUUUUCCUCAACAGUUCAUACGAAGUAGGUAUGUCUGUAAAGGGAAUUUAAAAGACCUGAUUUACACCAAGAUGCUGAGCUACAUUUGGUAUGUGAAAGUAAUUUUAAGUGGAGUAACAGCAGGUUUAAUGUAAUUACUCUUUUCUGGAAUUAAGAAAAAAACAACCAAGAAAAACCCCAAACCUCUACAUCUAAAUUUUAAGUGAGGAGGCCCCAAUUAAUUUGUUCCACUUUCUAUUUAUGACUACUUUCAGUAGCUAAGUCAAAGAAGCUGUAAUUUCAGGUUUUACAGGGACCAAUGCAAUCUAUAUCAUAUCUGGUGAGAAAUGUAUUAAUUCAUAUAAUUACAAAAUUAUUUUACUAGAAGAGCUGUUGAAAAAGCUCACCAGAGCAUUUUCCAUUAUACAAAUUACAGAUCAAUGGAAAACUCAUGUAAGAAAUAUUGAGGAGGUCACUGCUAUACCUUUGCACCUGUAUGGCACUUUCUAUUCUUUUGUCUUAAGCAUGCUGAAGCUUAAUUUUGCAAAGUUAGAUAUGUUGCCUACACACCUUGCCUACAUCAAGGUUCUUUGUAGCUGUAGAAAUCACACUUAGGUCUGUAGGGAUGAAAAAAAAAA